CGCGAGCGUCCGCGACCCCGCGCGGGGCUCCGGCGCCGGCUCCAUGGCGACCGGCCUGGGGGAGCCGGUCUACGGACUUUCGGAGGACGAGGGAGAGUCCCGUAUUCUCAGAGUGAAAGUUGUUUCUGGAAUUGAUCUCGCCAAGAAGGACAUCUUUGGAGCCAGUGAUCCAUAUGUGAAACUGUCUUUGUACGUAGCAGAUGAGAAUAGAGAACUCGCUUUGGUUCAGACAAAAACAAUUAAAAAGACGCUGAACCCAAAAUGGAAUGAGGAAUUUUAUUUUAGAGUAAACCCAUCCAAUCACAGACUCCUGUUUGAAGUAUUUGAUGAAAACAGAUUGACGCGAGACGACUUCCUGGGCCAGGUCGACGUGCCCCUCAGCCACCUUCCGACAGAAGACCCAACCAUGGAGCGACCCUAUACGUUUAAGGAUUUUCUCCUCAGACCAAGAAGUCAUAAAUCUCGAGUUAAGGGAUUUUUGCGAUUGAAAAUGGCCUACAUGCCGAAAAAUGGAGGUCAAGAUGAAGAAAAUAGUGAACAGAGGGAAGACAUGGAGCAUGGCUGGGACGUGGCUGACUCCAAUGACUCAGCUUCCCAGCACCAGGAGGAGCUCGCGCCACCGCCUCUGCCCCCCGGCUGGGAAGAAAAGGUGGACAAUUUAGGUCGUACUUACUACGUCAACCACAACAACCGGACCACCCAGUGGCACCGCCCGAGCCUGAUGGAUGUGUCCUCCGAGUCGGAGAGCAACAUCAGGCAGAUCAACCAGGAAGCCGCGCACCGGCGCUUCCGCUCCCGCAGGCAUAUCAGCGAGGACCUGGAACCCGAGCCCAGCGAGGGGGGCGGUGAUGGCUCCGAGCCUUGGGAGACCAUUUCAGAAGAAGUGCACAGUGCUGGAGACGCCCUCAGUCUGGCACUGCCCCCGCCGCCAGCCUCCCCCGUGUCUCGGACCAGCCCUCAGGAGCUGUCUGAGGAGCUGAGCAGAAGGCUUCAGAUCACCCCAGACUCCAACGGCGAGCAGUUCAGUUCUUUGAUUCAGCGGGAGCCGUCUUCACGCCUGCGGUCCUGCAGUGUCACCGACGCCGUUGCUGAGCAGACGCACCUUCCACCGCCCGGUGGCCCGGCUAGGAGAGCACGUUCCUCAACCGUCACAGGCGGUGAAGAGCCAACGCCAUCAGUGGCCUAUGUACACACUACGCCGGGCCUCCCUUCAGGCUGGGAAGAAAGAAAAGACGCAAAGGGACGUACAUACUAUGUCAAUCAUAACAAUCGAACCACAACUUGGACUCGGCCUAUCAUGCAGCUUGCAGAAGAUGGCGCCUCUGGAUCCACCUCAAACAGUAGCAACCAUCUAAUCGAGCCCCAGAUUCGCCGGCCUCGUAGCCUGAGCUCGCCAACAGUAACUUUAUCUGCCCCACUGGAGGGUGCCAAGGACUCACCCAUACGUCGAGCUGUGAAAGAUACCCUUUCCAAUCCACAGUCCCCACAACCAUCACCUUACAACUCCCCCAAACCACAACACAAAACCACACAGAGCUUCCUGCCACCCGGCUGGGAAAUGAGGAUUGCGCCAAACGGCCGGCCCUUCUUCAUUGACCAUAACACAAAGACGACAACGUGGGAAGAUCCGCGCCUGAAAUUUCCAGUCCAUAUGCGGUCAAAGGCAUCUUUAAACCCCAAUGACCUUGGCCCUCUUCCUCCUGGUUGGGAAGAAAGAAUUCACUUGGAUGGCCGAACAUUUUAUAUUGAUCAUAAUAGCAAAAUUACUCAGUGGGAAGACCCAAGACUUCAGAACCCUGCGAUCACUGGUCCGGCUGUUCCUUACUCCAGAGAAUUUAAGCAGAAAUAUGACUACUUUAGGAAGAAAUUAAAGAAACCGGCUGAUAUUCCAAACAGAUUUGAAAUGAAACUUCACAGGAAUAACAUAUUUGAAGAAUCCUACCGGAGAAUCAUGUCUGUGAAGAGACCAGAUGUCCUGAAAGCUCGACUGUGGAUUGAAUUCGAAUCAGAAAAGGGUCUUGACUACGGGGGCGUGGCCAGAGAAUGGUUCUUUCUGCUGUCCAAGGAAAUGUUCAACCCCUACUACGGCCUCUUUGAGUACUCAGCAACAGACAACUACACGCUUCAGAUCAAUCCCAAUUCAGGCUUGUGCAAUGAGGACCACCUGUCCUAUUUCACAUUCAUCGGAAGAGUCGCUGGUCUGGCAGUAUUUCACGGGAAGCUUCUCGAUGGUUUCUUCAUUAGACCGUUUUACAAGAUGAUGUUGGGGAAGCAAAUAACGCUGAAUGACAUGGAGUCCGUGGACAGUGAAUAUUACAACUCUUUGAAAUGGAUCUUAGAAAACGACCCUACUGAGCUGGACCUAAUGUUCUGCAUCGAUGAAGAAAACUUCGGGCAGACUUAUCAAGUGGAUCUGAAGCCCAAUGGAUCAGAAAUCAUGGUCACCAAUGAAAACAAAAGAGAAUAUAUUGACCUGGUCAUCCAGUGGCGAUUCGUGAACAGGGUCCAGAAGCAGAUGAACGCCUUCCUGGAGGGAUUCACAGAACUGCUGCCUAUUGAUUUGAUUAAAAUCUUCGAUGAAAAUGAACUGGAGUUGCUGAUGUGUGGCCUUGGGGACGUGGACGUGAAUGACUGGAGGCAGCAUUCUAUUUACAAGAACGGCUACUGCCCGAACCACCCUGUCAUCCAGUGGUUCUGGAAGGCUGUGCUGCUGAUGGACGCCGAGAAGCGAAUCCGACUCCUGCAGUUUGUCACGGGGACGUCCCGCGUACCUAUGAACGGAUUUGCCGAGCUCUACGGUUCCAAUGGUCCUCAGCUGUUUACAAUAGAGCAAUGGGGGAGUCCUGAAAAACUGCCCAGAGCUCACACAUGCUUUAACCGCCUUGAUUUACCUCCGUAUGAAACCUUUGAAGAUUUACGAGAGAAGCUCCUCAUGGCUGUGGAAAACGCUCAAGGGUUUGAGGGGGUGGAUUAGUGGCCCCUGGCCUCGAGCGGGUGUUCGUCCAGCAAGCCCUGCCUGCACUUUCGCAUUUGCUGACAGACAUUGCAGAGACCACGCAGAAGAGCAGUGGCCGGGCCGGGGAGCCCUGAGCCGCCUGCGCCGGAGACUUGCCCGAGCCCAGCGGAACCCAGUCCGGGGCGCGUUCCUGCAUUUUCCACUACAAAUUAUCAACUGGUUGAUGUGUCCACGAAUAUCAUUUCAGGAGGACUUAACUCUAUUUAUGUUGUGCCUCUGUAGGCCAAGCCCUUAAUAAAUAUUUUACAUACUUUAUAAUGACAAUGAAUGGAAUUAAUCAUGCUACAGGUAUAGUAUUACGACUCAUGUUUACUUUUUCAAAUGAUUUAGACCGAUUUUCAGAUUUUAUUUCAUUACGAUUAAAGAUGUCUCAUGUACUUGGAAAGCGAGCAUAUUUUUUUUUGUAUUUGAAUUUCAUACCAGGCUUAAUGUCAGUGACAUUUUUAUUUUUGAAGGACUUUGACACCCCCACCCCUACUUUAUUAGCACCGGAAGACUGAUUUUUGUCAACAAACCUCCUACAGAUGAGUACUUUUCACAGAAUUUAAGAUAUGACAGUAGCCAUCAUGAUCAUUUUUUUUUCCAUACUCAGAAUGAAAACAAACUGGAUAUUACAUUUUUUUGGGACAAAUUGAGCAUAAUAGCUCCAGGCCGAGAGAAGUGAACACAGCAUGACAAAUUUUGUGUUGACCUGAAGGAAUCACACCAUUAUUCCUCAGAAGUGAUCACGUGCGCCAGCGACACCCGAGAUGGGGUGGACUGUUAUUUCUCCUCCGAGAAAUGACUUGACCCCUCCCAACACUGUACAGUCAUCCAUUUAUUCUAUUUUCUCUUUGCUGUUUGUAGUAGCGACGUUUGGAUGAAACUUGGCCCUGCUCAGUCUGAAGCUGUGGAAACCAGAUUUGCUUAGUCUGUUAUUAGUGCGCAUUUGCUGAUGGUAGCCGAUAACCCAUUUUUGUUCCGGCCAAUCCGAUUCUGAAGGCACUUUAUGUUCCCCCUGGAGGUCCUAGCUGGUUCUGUUGAUGUUUCGUUCUUUAUCAGAAACAUGAAAUGUGGUGAUUUCCUCUCGCUGCACACCCGGUGCCAGUGCAGUUGUGACUCUGGCUGCUGGUGUAGAAACCCCCGUGUAAGCCGAGGUGCACCUGCCCUCCCAAUUGUCUUGCGGCUUCCACUCACCUACGAAGGUUCAUUCAAUAGACACUUGCUCUCCCGGGUUUUGUUCCCUGUGACUCGUUGCAUGCUCCGAUGCCUCCCUGCCCGAGUGUCUCUUCUGUGCUGGUUGGAAAGUGAGAGCAGCUGUGAAGCUGCUGGUGGUGCAGGAUCGAGGGGGCGGUGCAGUGACCCUGUUCGUUCUCCCUGUGGAUCUAUGUCCUGUUUGCAGAGAGGCCUGAGGCAGUGUGGGGGCCCAGCAGCCCCACUGUCCUCUCGAACCCAGUUGACCUGCUCCCUGUUGUGGCCGUCAAGGGACACCAGAGAUUCGAUCAUUUGCCAGUUGUAGCUAAGACCAAAAUUAUUGUGAGUCCAAGGCCUCCUUUUGAGAGCAGAAAUUCAUGCGUCCUCAGCUCCAGGGGGCCCAUGAGAAGCUAUCAAUGUCCAUGGUUGUAAAUGAGUUGUCCAAAAGGGUGUUAGGGCCUGGUUGUUGAGAAAGUGGAUUUCUAUAAAGCCAAGUAUUGGCGACUGUUUCAUAGGGAAUUUAAAAUACCCACUAGUAUCAGAAAACAUAGAUAGAUGUUGAGUACUUAGAAAAGCAGUGUUCUUAAUCGUUUCUCUGUUGCUGGAAUGCCUUCCCUUCUAGCCAUAUAACCCCCUCCUCCCGCCCCUCAUCGUCCAGACUCAGCUUUGUUAGGACUCAGGCCAGAGCCUGGGUGAUCACGUCAUUGUGUGUGGGGCGGGGGAGGAACCCAAGGCUUCUAGGCUAAGAGUUGGGGAUCUUCUGACAUUUAUAAACUCUUAAUCAGAAUAUUCACUAAUGUAAAUUUACCAGAGCAUUGGAAAUUUGAAAGAAAACCCAUUUUAAGGCCAUUUGGAAGUCAGGGACAGAUAACAUCCAUUGACAUAGCCCUGGACUGUGCAUCUACCCCAAUGCCUGCUGACAGUGACAGCGAAGUGUGUGCUAGGUCUGGGGUGGGGGAGGGGGAUUGUUUUUUAAUCAAAGGUUCCCUGGAAUACUUACUGAUCUUAUUUAAAUUCUGAUGGUCACGCUCCUUCAUCCUCAUGUAAUUGGGUAAAGAGGGUCAUUCCUGGGCCCCACUUGCCCGCCCCUCCCCGGCAGCAGGCCUGGGGCAAAAAUCCAGGGUCCUUUGCAGCAACUCUGAUCCCUGGUCCAGGGCCUCUAGGACCUCUCUGUUCACAGAGCGUAACCUUAGCCCGGUUUCUUUGGUCUGAAAACGAGAUGUUUCUCAUGGGCCACUUUGCCCUGCGGCUAAGAAAUUCCAGCAUGGAUGUGGGUUCUUACUGCUGCCUCUUUGCCUGGGUAUUUCUGUUCUUGCCCCCUGUUGGCCUGAAGCUGAAUUUGGACAUUCUGCCCCGCGGGGUUAACUUCUGGUGGUGCCUGCUCUUACCUGCUACCUCUGGAUCAGGAAGCAAUGAGGCAAGUGUCUGCUGGAGAGUUAAUUUCCACAUCAGUGCUCUUUGUGCAAAACCUUUUCCAUGGCUGGCUUUCCUGGAGCGAUCUCCCCGCCCCAACCCCCCCAGCCACAGGAGGGAAGAUGAGUCCUCAUUUUGUUUCCAGGCCCUUUGGAGGCCGCCAUCAAAUACUGCCUGAUACCCCAAGGCAAAUGGUGUAAAGCAACCUGACGUGGAUGAUUUCUCCCACAUAGAAAUGGUUUACUGAGUUUUUGAACCAUUUUCUACAUCGCGCGUUGUUAAAUAAACAACACGAUACUCUUGCUGUUUCAUCUUGCCACUUACAAAUGCAUCUUUUUUGUUCAUAUACCGCAAGCUUCUAAUUGUUUAACAGUUACUACUUCACUUUAGUGUUUUCCUAAGUCUUGAAUCUGCGUCUAAAAUUUUGCAAUCUAUAAAGUUCUGCAGUCCUCAAGACCCUUCCCACUGCAUUAGCUCUUCCUCUGCCUCUUCCCUCACCUUAACUGCACCCAGGAACUGAAGGGAGGCGGAGAUGCCAUCUAGUGUCAUUUUCUGCCUCGCCAGUAGGGAGCGCUAAUGUGCAGGGUAACCUCCCCUAAGGAGAUUAUGAGCUACCUCUGUCGACUUCUGGCUUUGGGGUACAUCAUAAGUCACGUCAAAACUGCCAAUUUCAGGCCUCCACUUUGUACUUUAGAUUUUAAAACGGUGAAGAAAAUGUGAUAUACUUCGGACCACUUUUUUUAAUUUAUCUAAGCCUUAAUCAAGUGUCUGCACCUGCACACGCUCCCCGCCCCUCCAACCCCCAGGAUGUCAGAGACUGAGCUGCAGCCUUAGGACACACCUGACAACAUAAUGUUUUACAGAAAAGGACAGCUUUCUGUUGAUGUGGAGUUUUCCAAGAAAGCCUCUCCCCAGACAUCCAUUCUUUGUUCAAGAUGUUACAUGCCAAGCGAUGUGUGGUUCAAACCUGUGUCUUUUUAUCUGUUGGUUUUGUCUGUAAAGAGUAAUAAUGACUGGAAAAGUGUUCGGCUACAGACCUCCAUGUACUGCAGUCUCUACUUGGCAGAAGUGCAUCAAAGCCUUUGUCAUGCCCAGACCUGUGUCUGCAGACACCUGUGCCCACGCCAGCCCUCCCUCUGGCCCAGCUCACCUGGAUGAUCAGGGUUCCUCUCAUGGCAACUCUGGCAACUUUGUUCUUCCUAUUACGUAUGUGAUGUCUGUACACACAUAUGUACUCAUGCUGUCCAAAUAUAUGUAUAUAUUUGUAUAGCAUUUUUACACCUUUUUUGAGUGUUCUGGUUUUGAAUGGGAGCGUAAACACUGUCCCUCCAGGCUUUGCCCUAAGAAUUCUGGCCCUCAGAGUCCAGGAGAACCCCAAGAAGAUGAUGUUAAUUUGCUGCCAUCUCUUAAUUGAGCAUCUGUACUCAAUGGAACAUAAGAAAGAAAAACAGUGACGUUUAAGGUGGAAAGAGUUUCAAGCAUUCCAAAUGAAUUGUCAAUGUUUCAUAACUUUUUAUGAAAACCCCCUUCCUAAUAAAAAGCCAAGUACUAUUUGAUACAAUGAUUAAAAACCAAACUGCUUUGACAUUUUUUAAAGACAACUUAAGGAUAAUGCUCAUUUUCACAAUCAGAAGAGCUUUCAAAUAUGGUUGAAUUUGAUACACAGGGAAAAGCUUAAGAACUCCUUUUUGUUUUUCAUUUUUCUUAAGAGCUCUAAGACAAAUUGUGGUUUGUUAUCCUGAUGGCAAAAGAGUAAUAAUGUCACAAAAUGAAGUCAUUGUAAAGAAGUGAUGCAACUUGUCAAAUAUUUAAUAAAGAUUAUGGACGCUGGAACAUUUUCUACAUCGAG